GUGAUCGCGCUGUUUGAUUUGAAAACAAAAUCCACCCGCCUGCCGCGGGCUCACAAGUCACGGGCGAACCGAAUCGCAGGCUCAGUGCGCGAGCGAGCGUGAUACGGAAUGAACGUGUGGUGCGUUUUGCGCGGACGUUGACACUGCGAUUUAUUUUUUUAAUCUUGCGAUUUAUACAGCCAGUAUAAAGACAUUUUGGUGUAUAAAGUCGGGAACUAAAAAGUAUUUAUUGUCCAAAGCAUAUAGAUACAGUUCGCGCAGAGUUUUGACCGAUAUUUGUGUAUUUCCGUAUAGACGCGAAAAAUAAAAGUGAACAAGACUUUUCGAAACAAAGGACUGUUUUGUACAUUUUCGCAAUUAAUGCGAAAUUGUGUUCAGAAAAAAUUUGUUCUGGCUUAAUCGUGGAGGGCACAGGAAAAAAAAAUCACCGCCCUCGGCCAACUAGUUCGGACUCAAUCUGUGGUCACCGAACGAAAAACAAAAACGCAACGAAUUCUCGUACUCUUACAACAUUCAACAAACUUUACGCAGAGAUUCUUUUAAAUUCUUGUCGAAACAUCGUGGACUAAUUAUUUUACUCCAAAAUUGCAGUGAGUUCCUUGAACAUAUCGUGAUUUAGUGGAUCAGUUUGUCAACUACGCAAAAUAAGCUCUAAAAUCCUGGAUCAAAAUUAGUGUCGAGUUGGUUUUACAUAAUGUCUACUGCCAUAAUGCAUCAGUCUGCUCUGUAUGAUUUUGGGGAUCUGUUCUUGAAGGUGAGCCCCGAAUACCAGAACGAUGGUGGAGUAAAAAAUUUUAACCAAGCUCGACCAGUGCAGACGAUGAACAGCGCACUCAACAGCGCAUUGGGCGCAGGCGGGGGCGCUAUUGGUGCGGCCUGGGAGCACCCGGCCCUGGCUCGCGCCGCCUCCGUGCCACACCGCGCUCUGGCCGGCCUGCUGGACCGCCUGGGACACCGCCGCCUCGAACGCACCGCAAGCGAGCCUGCGCCGCCGCCUGCUACCAGCCGUUACAAGACCGAGCUCUGUCGCCCCUUCGAGGAGGCUGGGGUCUGCAAGUACGGCGACAAGUGCCAAUUCGCCCACGGCGUCCGCGAGCUACGCAAUUUGCAGCGCCACCCCAAGUACAAGACGGAGCUGUGCCGCACCUUCCACUCGGUGGGCUUUUGUCCGUACGGACCGCGCUGCCACUUCGUGCACAACGCGGAGGAGGCGCGACGCCGCGAGCCCCCGUCGCCGGGCGGCUCACUCGCCUCGCUGUCCUCUGGCUCGGGUGGCUCGGGCUCGGGCUCAGGCUCCGGCUCGGCAUCGGGCUCACUUGCCUCUUACAUGAGCGACGGGUCGCGGUCGCCGCGGUCACCGCACUCGCCUGCGCUGUCGCCUGCGCACGCUGGCGCCUUCGCCUUCCGCCGCACGCACUCGCCGGACCCCGACGACGAGCGGCUACCCGUCUUCAACCGGCUGUCCUCGGCGUUCGGCGACCUCAUCAUCGCCUAGCUCUGCUACAACCCGAGCGUAGUGUGUAAGGAUCGUCCGACACCCUAGUGCCUCCUCGACGUCUUCCAGCCGCGCGGGCGACGUCCCGAUCGCCGCGUCUCACCCGCUCAACGAAUGAUCUCCAGUCUGCCGAUGCUCCCCGUGACCCGUUCACUGGCGUCUCGAAAGUUUGCGGUGUGAAUAUAGUCUUAUAUAUCUUUUAGUUAUCGGCACACACUUGUAAAUGGCACCUUAUAUUGUUAGAAUAUUUAUUGCGUAGCUCGCGGUCGUCUUCCCGAUGCGAUCUUCCGCCGAGCGGUGGUCACUGUAAAGUUAGUUUAUAGAAACAUUUUAUUUAUUUCGUACCGCUCCCCGCGCUCGGUGCCGUACCGCGAGAAGGCGCUCGUGAUCUAUUUUUAAGGAUUUAAGAUAAUAAUUUAUUAUUUAUUUGGAGUCUCGUUUAACUAUAAUGACCGACGGUAUCCAGCUGCGACGCCGCACCGCACACGGCCGACACGCGACGACGGGACGCGGCCCGCGCGACGGCGGCGCGCCGAUUCCUCUCGCGCGCCACUCCCCUCUUAUUCCACGUUACAGUUUACGGAAUCGGCAGCUGCCACCUCGCCAGUUCGGCAGGGCUGCACAAACUCAUACAUCGCUCCAUUUCGUCCGCAUAUUUUGCGUCAGCUCGGACUUAACCUCGAACCCGGCGUCCGCAACAUCAAUCAUCCGCAGCUCAUUUGAGCGCCCCGGGCGCAGCGCCGCCGCCGCAGCGCGAGGGAUUUUUCGUUUUUGCGCCGGCAAGGAGGGCUAACAACGAUCACAAACCAGUUUCGGAGUUUUGGUGAUUGUUUUUUCGUCCUCGCGCCGCGCGCUCCCUCUCGCUUCGGCGCUCGGCGCUCGACACGGCCGCGUCUGAGCUCACGCAAAAAAUGUCAGAAAUCAGAGAAUAAGCCCGCCGGACUACCGAGGCUUCGUUCUUCACCGAAAUACCUGUAUAAAGUUAUAAGUACACGAUAGUUUAUAGGGCGGGCGACUUCGCCUCCCGCGCAGUGCCUUUUACUUUAUAACGAAAUAAAUCGAUUAUAUUUAAUUUUUAGUUGAUCGGGAUAGAUUGUUUAUUUAUUGUCUCCUUUGAAUAUAAUAUUCAAAUCGGCACAGUUAUUGCUUUAGGACAUUGACAGAGCUAAGUGAUUAGUUGUCGUGGUAGCAUUAUAGUUUUUUUUUUCUUUGAAUUUAAAGUGUGAUAUUUUAUAAUAUUUAUAUAACAAAGUUUAAAAAAAAGUUUUAAUUAAGGGACCAAUGUAAGUGUUUAGGAGAAAUUCUGAUAGAAAGGGCCAGAUACGCUUUUGAUUCUUACCGAGAAACUGUAUCCUCGCGCCUCCGUAAAUUAUUUUUAUACAUUGUCAGAUCUAAGAUUUUGUAAGAGAAAUAAAUGACAUGUUGACCGUUGA